GAGGUGGGCGGGUCUCCAUUGUUACUACAGAUACUCGUAGAAGUUUGCGCCGACCUGCCGCUGCACCUAUGAGUCUCCACGCAAAUGAAUAGCCGCGGCCCGCGCGAGACAGACGAGUCGAUUAUGCCGAGAUAAGGAGCAUAUGACUCGCGCUCCGUGUGAUAAUGGCAUGCGACGGUUCACGCGCGGAGGACUUCCCGGACAAAGUGAUGCCCGGAGCGGCUCCCUGCACGUGCGGCAAGGAGUGCAGGAGUCGGAGCGGCAGUGUUGUCUUCCUGGGAUUAUUCCUGCUCUCGCUGUGUCUGCACGCCGUCACCCUCGUCUGCUAUUUGGAUCUGCGGUCCGAGUUCAAAAGGGAAAUUAUCCACCAGAAGCGGGACUCUAUGCUGACGCUCGCAGGGAAUGACCCGUCUGACCCGUCUGACCCGGUGCUGCUCCCGCCCGGACACCCGCGUCUUGACUCCGACAGUAGACCCAGCGGAGAGGCUCCUGAGGAGAAGCUACUGCACAGAAAUAGCGACUUCCACGGCACAGAGGAUAGCAGGGGCAUAACUCAGAGAUCGAAAAGAAGUCCCGGCAGGGAGUCAGAAACAGAAUCGACUGGAAAGGAGAGAAGGAAAGAGAAGAAAAAAGGGAAAAAGCGGCCGGCGCCGGGGCCCCCUGGUCCCCCCGGUCCCCCGGGGCCACAGGGGCCACCGGGCAUCCCUGGAAUCCCCGGUAUUCCAGGAAGCAACGUUGUGGGGCCGGCGGGACCCCCUGGACCUCCUGGGCCGCAGGGACCUCCAGGCGCUCAAGGUCCGGCAGGGGUCCCCACUGAUAAAACCAAAACAAAGGAAUUCCAGCCCGCAGUGGUUCACUUGCAAGGGCAGGAAACAACCAUCCAAGUGAGAGAAGAUCUGUCUCAAGGCGUCCUUAAGAACUGGAAGAUGGUGUCCAUCCAUCACCGCGUGUUUAAAAUGCACUCUCGCACUGGGCAGCUAGAGGUGCUGUUGGACGGUGUCUACUUCAUAUAUAGUCAGGUAGAAGUGUACUACCUCAACUUCACUGACAUUGCCAGCUAUGAUGUGAUGGUGGACUCCAACCCGUUCCUCCGCUGCACUUGCAGCAUCGAGACGGGCCAGCGCAAGUUCAACACCUGCUACACGGCUGGCGUGAGCCCGCUGCGCGCCGGCCAGAAGAUCUCCAUACGCAUAGCCCACGAGUACACACUCAUCAACAUGACCAACCACACCACCUUCCUGGGAAGCGUCAGACUCGGGGAGGCUCCAUCUGCUGGGCAGAACGGAUAACUACACGGCCCGUCUGCAUACUCCAAGAGAAACAAAAGAAAAGAAAAGAAGUUGCUCACAACAGUCACGCUAAUCCUGCCUUGUCGUCCUGCCCGAUGUAGGAUUAAUCCAGUGAAUUAAAGCAACGUCUAGACCCUCUCUUGCCCCCGUUUAGGAGAAACUGAACGUGACUUUUGUUCACUUGUCUGUAUUAAAAGGACAACAAGGACUGUUACGCUUCGAUUCACAUUCUGUGCAGAGUGAUGAGCUUUGAUGAACCACAUGUCCUGCUCACAAAACAAGAGUCUAUUUAUAGUUCCCAUUUUGUGUCAACACAGACGGCAUAUCUCUUUAUAACAAGGAAGGACACUGCGCUGACAGACACUAAGUAAUUACAUUAUUUUAAGUGCUGUUGAAUGAUGAUCUUGUAUCUCCAAAGCAAUUGGAAAUGUUUUAUUUGCAUUUUAGUUCUUUUGUAAUAAAUUUGGUCAGUUGGUUUCACAAAUCUCCAUAUGUCCCUGGGUUAUACAAUGAGUUAAAGGUUAUAUAAGUGUUCAAAGCAAGUAUAAAGGUAUCUAUGCAAAGCUAUGAAAAAAAAAAUAAAAUCAAAUAAAACUGGAGUUAUAAGGUAUUCACAGAGCAACAGCACUAUAUAUUUUGCGCACAUUUGCACUACAGCAUCCCUGCAGAAUAUCAGUGAUAUGUUUUGUUCCAGUGCUAUUGUUUAGUUAUCUUAUGAAUGAAUCCAUGUAGAAAAAAAAGAUAGUUGUUAAUACACGCCUGUACAUACUGUAUAUAAAAUGGGAUAUACUUUUGUAAAUGGAGUUGAUUGAUGGAUUAAAAAUGUUACGUUUUUCUGUCUAAA